GCUAGACUACUGGUCUAAUGUCUUGCGAACCUAUUUAAUCUCGCUCCUGAACUAUGUUGCCUUUCCUUUUACCCCUCUUCUGACGAACGAUAACCACAUUUCUCUACCACUAUGGUGUCUCUGGAAAGCUUUCCGGUGGAGUUGAUUGAGGCAAUUGUCAGUUUGCUAGACUUUCAAGACAUCUGCACUCUGCGUCUGACUGGACGAACACUAGCAUUCAAAUCAUCCAAUGCUAUCUUUCGGACCUAUUUCUCUUCCAAGAAGCUGCAGAUCACCGAAGCCUCGCUGAAACAAUUUGUUCGUGUCACCCAACCCGGGCAGCUCGGCCUCUGGCUCCAACGGCUCACUGUGUACGACAUUCUGGACCCAGACCCGGGAGCUGCAAUAGCCGAGGACCCAAAUGCUACUUUUGAGGCAACUCAAUUGCUAGCGCAGGCAAUGGAAAACAUACGCGAUCGAUCGCCCCACGGCGGCCAGUUCUCUAUCUCACUCCAGAUCAACGGGCGCAAUCUGAAUAGGGAAGCCCCAGCCCAGGUGUUCCAGGUGGUCAUGUCGGCGCUUGGGAGCAGUAAAUUACCCGUUCAGUCGUUUGAUGUGUUUGCCGAUGCCUAUGGGCACACAUGGGGCAGCUGGUGUAGCUUAGGCUUUAGUGAAUUCACGACAGCUUUAUCCCGUGGUACAGCGCACCUAUCGACCUCAUUUCAGCCAUGCAAGAAAUUGUGCCUAAGUCUGGGGCAUAACGUUUGUGGAGUCGAGCUCGGCAAGGAUACACAAUUACCCCUGAUCUACGACGAGGCCCGUCAGAAUACCAAAGCAUUUUGUGAUUUGUUGAACCUCUGCCCCGCACUCGAGGAACUGCACUUUGUGUGGGAGUAUGACGAUUUCGAGGAGUCAGAUGGGAUCUUGGAGGAAUCGCUCGUCUUGGAUCGAAUGGCAGCAUCCUGUGAAUUCCCAAAUUUGAAGAAGUGUACAUGGAAGGAUGUUCGAAUGACCGAGCCCGCGCUCCUGACGUUUUUCCGCAAAGUUCCUGGGUUGGUGCAUUUGUCUAUAGAUGGGCUUGACCUCCAUGAAGGCGAGAGUUUCGACGGCCUGUUCAAUCUUUUGUCUAAUACUAUGCCUGGUUUGGAUUGUUUGCGUCUUCGUGGUCUUGGUAGUAUAGAGGGCACCAUUCACUUUCCUGAUGAACCAAGGGAAAAUUGGUGGGUAGAUAGAAGCCGCCCUCCACCUGGAAUUAUACGAAGAGGGGCGGAUGCUAGGAGACCAUUUGUUACUAGAACUGUGUAGGAGGUGUGUUUGGAAUCGAGGAAACAUUGGAUAUGUUGGAGAAAUUACAAUUAGAGGGAAUUCGAACAACAAAAGAAAAGCCGAAAGUGAUAUAAUCAAAUAAAGUGAAGUAUCAUUGGAGAAAACAUCCACUCACUCGCAGACAAAUCAAGACGAGG